AUGCCUUGCAUUGUCGGCAGCGCCACAAUAUAUCAGUGUGAUGAUCUGCCAGAAGUUUUCUCUGCCAUGAACCUCUCUACAGAUCCUUAUGAUUCCACUGGGUACCUUGACACAAGAGCAACCAACCACAUGAUAGCAGAUGCUAGUAGCAUCACACAUCAAUUUCCUUAUAACGGUCAAGGACUUAUUGUGGUGGUACAUGGUAACACUCUUCCUAGCAGCAGUAGAGUUAAUCAUGGGUGGCACAUUAAACAACUUAAUGUCAAAAAUGCGUUCUUACAUGGUACACUCCAUGAAGUUGUCUUUAUGCAUCAACCUCUGGGAUUUGUUGACAAGAACUACCCUAACCAUCUCCACAACAGGUUUGAUGUUAAAGAUUCGGGUGAUCUCCAUUUCUUUCUUAGCAUAGAGGCUCAUUGCUCUUCGUCUGGCAUUGAGCUAAGCCAAAGCAAAUAUGCACUCAAUCUCUUUAAACGGUCAACAAUGCUUGGUGAGAAGCCUUGCUCCUCUCCUAUCACUUAUGAUUCCAAGCUUUCUCUCUAUAUUGGUGAUCCUCUUAGUGAUGCCUCAACUUACCGCAGCAUUGUCGGUGCCUUGCAAUACCUUACAAUGACUCUAUCUGAUAUUACUCAUGCAGUUAAUCAGGUAUGCCAACUCAUGCACCAACCUCGUACUAAACACCUCAUUGCGGUUAAACGAAUUUUUCAUUAUAUCAAAGGGACUCCUAAUCUUGGCAUCACUAUACAACGUUAUUCUGAUGAGACACUUCAAGCUUACUCUGAUGCAUAUGGGGUUGGCUGCCUGGAUAGUUCUCGUUCUAUUUCUGCCAUUUGUGUAUUCGUUGGACUGAAUCUAUUGACUUGGAAUGCUAAGAAGCAACCUAUAAUAUCUCGGUCUCGUGCUGAAGCAGAGUAUCAUGCUCGUACUACUACAAUUGCAGAUAUUCGAUGGAUCCUCUUUCUUCUUUACACGUUGCAUAUCUUUUUACCAUCUUCCCCUGUGAUUCAAUUUGAUAAAGUCAGUGCCACAUAUUUAGCAUUCAAUCCGCUUUGCACAAAUCGUUGA